AUGGCCCCCAAGGGUGGUAAGAAGGAAGAUCGAGGGGCAGAUAAGGCGAAGAUGAAGGCGCGAGAGAGGGUGGCUGAGGAUAAGACCUUCGGCCUUAAGAAUAAGAACAAGUCUCAUAAGGUCCAGAGGUAUGUACAGGAAGUCCAGGCAGCUGCAAAGGCCAAGCCUGGCCAGCGGGGACCCCAGAAGAACGAAUUCGAGAAGCGGGAGGACAAGAAGAAGGAGGAGCAACGGCAGUUUUUGUUGCAAUCUAUAUUCUCUGGAGUGCAAUUGGAGACCAAGAAGGAUAAGAAGAAGGCAGCUAAGCAGAGAAAGAAGGAAGAGAAGUAUGGCAAGAUCGACCUCUAUUCUGAUAACCGGAAUAACAGAGAAGAGAGCGAGGAGGAGAAGAAACAGGAUACUAUGGAUCACUGGGAUCAGGCCAAGCUGGAACAGGUCAUCAAAACCAAGCAUAAUGCUUCCAACCAAAACCAUCCCACUGAGAUUAUCUGCAAGUACUUCCUCGAUGCAGUCGAGAAGGGUGUCUACGGAUGGUUCUGGGUAUGUCCUGAUGGUGGUGAUAAAUGCAAGUAUCGACAUGCUUUGCCUCCUGGAUACGUACUGAAAAAGAAGAAAGCUGAUGAUGAUGACGAUUACGAUAACGGCCCAUCAAUUGACGAAAUCAUCGAGCAGGAGCGACAAGCCUUACCUGCUGGAGGCACUCCUGUCACACUCGAGACUUUUACAGCAUGGAAGAAGAAGAAACAAGAGGAAAGGGAAGCAGAGGAGGAACGGAAGAAACAGGAGCGUAUUGCCCAGGCUAAGAAGGAGAAGCGGAGCGUUAUGUCUGGAAGGGACUUGUUCACCUUCGAUCCGACGCUGUUCGUGGAUGACGAUGAUGCGAGCUCGGAAUCUUCUUAUGAGGAGUCUGAUGAUGAGGAUGAUGACGGAGUUGAUACUCCUCAGCAUGUCCUCCAGAGCUCUGCUGCCGCUGCCUUGUUCUCAAAGGAUGAGGAACUGCCUGACGACGAUUAA